GUCAGCCCAGCGGCUCUGCAGGUCUGGGCCGGUGGUUCGGCUCAGCUCCGGGCCGCCAAUGGCUCCCGCGCUGCCCGGUGCCCCCGCCCCAGACCUGGGCGCCGUCACCGCGGGCCAGGCCGGAGAAGAAGCCCCUCCCCUCCACGGCGGAGCUGCGAGGACACAUCUUACUUUCAUCAGCACUGUUGAAAAAAGAAGAAAAAAUGCCAAUGCUGCCUCCUGAAAUCAAAUUUGAACCUUCUAAUGUCACCAGAAGUUCCCUUGACAGUUGUUUUCUUUUUGAGAGGAGUUGGAGGAAAGCAGUUUUAGAAACACAAAAGAUGAAGAAAGCUCCGAUAAUCAUGUAUUUUCACCUCUUGAUUUCUACACAAAAGCAGGAAGAAUACACCACAGCAUUUGGUCUAGAAGAAUUCAAAGAAUGUGUCAAAAUGCCACAUUUACCAGGAUUGCAAAAUUGCCAAAAAAGUGUAAGUUCCACUCCACUAGAGGUUCAUAAAAGACUCCUGCAUGCUGAUACCGAGAUGCCUCCUGUCAGCCAUUCUACUGAGAACAUGUCGGGUUGCCUACAAGUAUUUUAUUCUCUGCAUAUUGAACAACGCCUUGUGAAAGAACAGUCUUGGCAAAGCAGGUUAAAGAAGACUAAGCCAACAUGUACUGUGGCACCACUUCAGGAGAAAUCAAAAGGACUCUUAAGGCAUUCUAAUUCUCCUUCCAUCAAUUUUGGUUCUGGCUUCAGCGAUCCUCUCACUGGAGCACCAUCUCAGUACUUACAGAGACUUUCUAAAAUGGCCAUUUUGGAGUAUGAUACCAUUCGUCAAGAAACAACCAGAAAAUUUAAAAAGAGCAAGAAACAAGAGCUUUGAGACUGCUGAUUAUCCUUUCGUGUGAUGCUUUCUUCACUGGCUUCUAAGGUAGCUCCAGGGAGUAAUAAGAGAACUGAGAAGAGUACGGUGUCUCCAGGAUUUCUUUGGGUCUGCCUUUCCUUCCGUGCAAAGUCUGUGUACAUUUUAUAUUCCAAGUUCUUCCCAAGAUAACUCGAAGACUGGUGCAGAGGGAGAAGACCCUGAGCUUUCAAUCCCAUCACUUGCAGACAACGCUCCACCUCCAGCCCCUGAGUACCACUCUGGCUUUUUGAAGAACUGGAAGAGAACAUGCUUCACUGGCAGGUGAAGACAGGGAGGGGGCUGGAGCCGGCUUCAGUCUUGUAUUUAUUUUAAAACUGUGUAAAUGUUUAAAAUAUGAUAUGUAAACUUGCUUUCAGGCCACUUUUCAUGGUAGGCGGCCUUGACAGUUAACCAUUAGGUUUCUCUGGGACGGUGGAAACUUGUGUGCUUUUGGAGAGGACAGCAGAAAGCCUGCUCGCUUGAUGGUAUGGGGGGCAAGGCAGGUGGGUUUGCCAUCUGCUCUCAGCUUUGGCAAGAUGGAGGAAUUGAAGGCAGCUGUGACAGCACUCGGGAGAAAUUAAACAGGAGAUACUUUAUUCCCCCAACCUCAGGGCUUUUGUCAUGGCAGCAACUCCCAGACUCGGUGGCUUACAAACAUUGACUUCUCCAUCGUGCUGUGGAAUGGCCACAGCUCUGCACUAGGCUGUGGGCUGACUAUAGGAUGGCUUCUAGCAUCUUCCUGUUCUGGGACUCGGGCUGCAGGAGCAACCCCUACCUGCAACCCGCAGCCCUGUGACAGAGAACAGAAGCACAAGAGGCUGAGCUAAGCCGUGCACUCUCCCUUCAGUCCGCUCCUCGGAAAUGGCGUGCGUCACGCCCACUUGAAUUUUGUUGGACAAAGCAAGUCACAUGGCCAAUCCCAAAGGGUUGUGCUCUCAGGAAGGAGGAAUUGAAUACUUGAGCAUAAUAAUGUCAUCUGCCAGAGUUAGUCAUUCUUUCGCUAAAUACCUACUGAGUACAAGCACUGUGCUGGAACUUGAUCUAUGGAAAUAGAUCUGUUCCCUCCCCUCACGGAGCUUACAAUCCCACUUGGGACACAAAUGAUGAGACCAGAAAUUACAUAAAGGCUGAGCCCAGUCCCAGAUUUCAGGGCCCUCACAAGGAUAGUGGAGGCUGCAGAGAGCAUAGGAUGACUGCCAUAGGAUGAAUUACUCCAGGAUGUUACCAUAGCAAGACCUACACAAUAUUUUUCCCUGGAUGGGGUGGGGAGUGGUGGAGAGAUUCUGUUCUUCAAAACUCUUCUCAGGUCACCAGCCUUCUGAGGCUCUCUAUGGCCUUCUUUGCCGAGAUAGUGUCAGGCCUGGUAGGUUACCUGCCUUGACACCCUUUGUCCCACCUGCCACCUGUAAACCCAGCCCCACCUCGCUUCCCAGUCCGGUCAGGUCCUGAAUCAGCAAGGACUUAAACAGAUCCAGCUCCGUAUUCGGGUGCUGAGGAUCAAGUUACCCUUGGCUGUUUUUCUCUCCAUGACCAGCUGUCCCAAUUUUAAAAACUGGAUUCCUGCCACAUUCCUAAGCUUUUUCUAUAACCUUCCAAACCCUUCCAUACCAUCACACCCAUCCAUACUGCUCUGACCUAACAUCCCAAGAUUCCAACCCAGUGAUUCCCUUCAUACCUGUUAGACCCCCAGGUCCCAGGGUUC